AUGAUGUUUACAGAUGAUAGUGCUGUAAUUGCCCACAGUUCUGAUGACAUUCAGAGUCUGGUGGACAGCUUCACCAGACCUGCCUCCCAAUUUGGCCUAAGUUCAACAUUAGGAAAACUGAGUGCUUAUACCACCACCGCGGUCAAACGUCUAAAUCGUUAUUUUUGUUUUUUAUUGCUGGGAUUUCAUUUACCAGUUAGAGAAAAAUGGGCAAAGAUGUAUAAAUCAGUUAGUCAACACAUUUUUCUCAAAAUUGUGAGCUUUUUUCGCUGAAAACGCCUCGCGCUAAAAGAGAAUCAUGUUUGAAAAUGGCGCCGAGAAUAACGUCAGCAUCGGUUUUCACUCACUCAGAACUUUUUUAGUAAACUUUUAAAAAGUUUAGUAAACUAACAGGACGUUGGUAAUACCCUAAACUUUCGAUAGUGAAAGUAGCAACCUUAACUUUGAAGUAUUUCGCUUAACUUUUGCAAAUUUCACUCGUUUGACGGCUGUGAAGCUUAUACCAACCGCUGCAAAACCCAGAUCCAGUUUCUGAGCUAACAACUAUAACAAUCAAUCAAGAGGCCCUGAUGCAGUGUUACGACUUCAAAUACCUAGGAAGCACUAUUUCCAACAAUGCUAGCCAAGACAUUGAACUCAGAUACAGGAUGGCAAUUGCAAGUGCUGCUUUUGGAAAACCACAGGACAGGUUUGGAAAAACCGGCAUGUGUCUAUUGAAGUCAAGUGCAAUGUCUAUCAAGAUGUUGUCCUUUCUUCCCUCCUCUGUGGUGCUGAAACAUGCAUGGACUAUACAUCAGCGUAAGUGA